AUGAUUCUUUGGUUAAACUUCCUUCUCUUCUUGACAGCUCUCCCAGGCUGUCACUCAGAGGUUCAGUUGGUGGAGACUGGAGGAGGUGCUGUAGCUCCUGGUGGCUCCCUCCGCCUCUCCUGCAAGGCUUCAGGAUUCACCUUUACUAGUUAUGAAAUCCACUGGAUUCGUCAGGCUCCCGGGAAAGGACUGGACUGGGUGGCUGGAGUAAGUGGUUCAGGAAGUAGCCAAUGGUAUAAUUCCAAAGUUCAGGGACGCUUCACCAUCUCCAGAGACAAUUCUCAAACUUCAGCCUUUCUACAAAUGAACAGCUUGAAGCCUGAGGACUCUGCCUUGUAUUACUGUUCAAGAUCACACAUUACGGGAGGUAUGGCGGUGGGGGCAGAUGUUAUAGGCAUGGCAAAAAUGAUAGCAUUGCUUCAUCUUGUUUUCUUUUCAGCUGUUUUUAGAGGCAUCCAAUCAGAGGUCCAUCUGGUAGAAUCUGGAGGGGAUGCAAAAAAGCCUGGGGAGUCCCUCCGCCUUACCUGUCGAGCCUCCGGGAUCACCUUUAGCAGCAUGAACUGGGUGCGGCAGGCUCCUGGAAAGGGACUGGAAUGGGUGGCCUAUAUAUCUACUGGUUCAUCUUACAUUUACUACUUGGAUUCCGUCAAAGGAAGAUUCACCAUUUCCAGGGACAAUUCAAACAGCCUGCUCUAUCUGCAAAUGAACAGCCUUAAACCUGAGGACACAGCUUUGUAUUACUGUGCAAGAGACACAGUGAGAGACUUCCCAUUAGACCUUAGACAAAAACUCUUCAUUGCAUUCCUUUAG